CAUCGCUGAAUGUAUGUGUAAGUAACCAGAUUGGACGUGAAUGGUAGAUUCAAAAAAGAGCCAAAAUUUUAGUUAAUUUUUGUUGCAGCUGCGUUCCGCGCAAAAUUCAUUUUAAGUUCUGCACAGAUUACCUACUUUAUAUUUUUGGUUUUGUUUGAUGUAUUUUGGUAGAGUAUUGAAUUAUCACUUUUCUGUAACAAUUCUGUAAAAAGAUUUGCAUAAUUCUGUACAAUACUUUAACGUAAUUUACUGAUGGAAGGUUAUCGACGUCGCGACGCAGCUAUUUUUAAAAACUAGUCAUUAAAUGCUUCUGUCCUUCAGUUAUAACUAUGAAAAGCAACAAAGUUAAUUCAAAACUCAAGUUUUGGGUUAUAUUAUUUGCUUUAGUCAUCAUAGCGCCAUCUCUCACAGAAUGCUCGAUUUUGGACUACAUAUGGCCGGAUCCUAAAAAAAAUCAACUCAACACCGCUCUGGAUGCUUUUCCUGCUGUCCCUUAUGAGCUCUCCGAAGGUGAUGAAGCUUUUGUGCGGGAGGCAUCUAAAUGGAUAGGCACAAACCUGUCGAAAUUAGAUUUAUGUCACCACCGAGUAAUCAUGAAGUUAAAAAAAUCUUGCCAUGAACUCAAUGCGGAGCAAAUGGGUCGGUUGGCUGUUAUGCUGCUCAAUUGUCAGUCGGAUUCAGAAGGGCGCCGGGUGUAUUAUUGCACCGAACAGAUGACGUUGAAGGAGUGCACCAGUGAUAUGGAUCCGGAUACAUGGAACGCAUAUCACCUUGUGACGAAUCGUGCUAAAGCGGUAUGUGCGAGUGUACGUCACGAUCAGUUCCGGGGACUGACUGAGAUGACUGUGAAUAAGUUGAUGAAUACAGCUCAUGAACAAAUUGCGAUGAUGGGUCAAUUGGCUGAAAAUCAGAAGGAGCUGCAUAGUGUUACACAGGAGGCGAUUGAUGAAAUGACUAAUAACAACGAUAAGAUUAUUAACCAGCAAGGAGAUAUCAUGCGCUUAUCGGAAGCUCAUCGCGCAAAAAUAGAAUCAAACUUACGCGAAAUGAUACGAGAAAAAAGCUUGAUACGCGCGGGACAGCAGGAGGUGGCUAUUUUACUGACAGACCUGCGGAAUAGAAUAGAUGAAAGCAUUAAACAGUUGGAAACACAAACAAAGAGAAACAAAUUGAAUCAUGCUUCUUUGCUAUCAGACAUGGAAAAUUUGCAGACUGGAGCAGCAAUCAUAGCUGCUAAAAUAGACGAAACCAGUGCAUACAUUUCCGUACAGCAGCAAACAGCUGAAAAACAAUUUCAAUACACGCUGGAUCAGCUUCAGAAAAUUAAUAACACUAUUACAAACAUGUUGACAAUAAUCGAUGCUCUGCAGAAAAACUUUGAUGAAAAAUUAUCCUGGAUUACCGAGAAAAUUGGUGGUAGUGACUACGUCAUGAGAAAAAUCAACAUUAUUGUUACGCACUUUUGUUAUAUCGUUUUCGGAAUGAUCUGUUUGUCUUUUGUCGGAGCAGACAAAUUUAUACGAAUAUUUUUCAUAAUUUUGGUGCCUGGAAACCUGCUUGGAAAUCUUGUCGAUCUUUUCAACUCUGAUGUAAUUCAACUAAGCAUCAUUCUAAUGAGUUUCAUUUUAGCGGAUUUAAUAUGUCGCCUGGCGAUUCGAUUUUAUCCUGCUGAAUUGUUAUCGAUGAACAACGCUACCUCUAGCCGAAAUCAAAUUAAUCCGCGAAACCAGCAGAGAGAACCUUCUGUAGCACCUUCCAACAAUCUAGCAGAUUCCGAUGAGAAUGAUGAUGAAAACGAUGAGUACGAAAUAAGAAGAGAGACUUCGUCUUAUGCAAGACCAUCACUAUCUAGAUUUUCUCGUGAACGUUCCAUUACACCACAGCCUAAUGGUACUUCUAGACGCAGUGUCACUCCUUUCGAUAAUGUAUCAAAUGGAGAUCGCCACCUGCAAUGCCACGGUAGAACUGUGCGAGGCGAGCAGUGCCGAGGUAUGGCACGAUCGGGAAGUGAUUUUUGUAGACUGCACUCACAAAGGGGUUUGUGAGGAAUGUAAAGCAAGAACCUAAUCUUUUAAGUAAAACUAUUAUGUUUGUAGUUUCCUCAAUGUGUGUUUGAAUCAAACGAAUUUAUUGGGUAAUAAUGUGAUUAUUUGUGACAACGGAAGAUCCUCGCUAACAUGAAUAUCUUAUUCAUGAAACUAUUGUUACAGCUUAUUAUUAGAAAAUCCUAUACAGUGAAUUGGCUCAUUCUGUUAGCUUUAAGUAGUUUAUAAGCUUGUAAAUAUAUUUGUUUUUAUUUGAACAUUCAAA